GCAUUUCGCCCCGGCGUGCUAAAUGUUUCUGCCAGCUCGACCUUCCGUAGUUACCCGGGGAACAGCGAGAAGCGCGACUGUGCUGCGAGUCCGGCUUGGCCCGUGUGACGUUACGAAAAUCAACCAAUCAGAUCGUCUCCUCGUCUUAAUUUUUCUAAUUAACAUAUCACGACCGUUGUCAUUCACAACAUUGCUGUUUAUGAGUUUAAUUCAUUCUCCUUUGCUCCCUUUAAAAUAAUACUAUUUGUCUCUGUCUAAUUACUUUGGAUUAACGACUUUAAACCAUUUGUGUCCACACAUGGGAAUAUAUAAGCCUUUAUCUUCAGCUCUUUUUCAAAUUUGGAUGAAUAAGACAAAAACUUUUUAAACUUCAAAACAAUCCUGCGUGCCAGUCCAGAGUAUAUCAACGUUUCCAUUACUUUUUGCCAAACACCAAAAAAAGGAUUUAAAUCACACAUACAUUCCAGUAAGCACAACUUAGUUUUCUUUAUUAACUUUUAAACGAUUAUUUUUACCUUUUCGUUUUGUUUAAACGAUAAACUUUUCUCUCAAGUAAGUCUGGUAUUUGAAAGUUCACUUUGUUGUUUCUGUGGUUGUUUGAGAUUCAAAUAUUUGGGAAGCUGUACACCAUAACCAAUACUUCUUCCACUACGUCACGCCCUCAGGUGUGCAUGGAGUAAGGUAUUUUUGGCAUCAAGUAGCACAAGGAAACCAGAAUUUAGAAUUAUAUGUGGAGGGACGAAAAAUAACUCCCUUCACAACACAAAAAAAAUACUCACUCAAGCUGGACCAUGAGUGAACUGUGAAUAUUUCAAAUAUUUUAUACAUACGUAUACACACAUGUGUAUACGUACGUAUACACACAGGUGUAAAUAUAAGUUUUACAUAGGUGCGUAUAACUUACAUGCAGUUCUUUCGUUCUUUCAGUGAUGGCUUUAAAAUCUAUACCAAACAGAAAACAACCACUUAAGACGAUAAACAAAUCCUAUGGUAAUGACUUGAAGCCGCUUGAUUUCUCCUUUCGAAGUUUGAAGUAUGUCUCGGAUAUCAUCGGCGAUGAUAAACGCGAAGAGUCUUGUCGAAGCCCACAUGAUAUCGAAGAGUUGAUCGAUGAAAUAAAGCAAGCAAAAGCAACUACUAUAGGCGACAUUGACCACGAGGAAGACGAGGAAGAUUUUCCGAACACGGCGAAACCUAUUAAUUGUUUUGCGGACUCUUCUGGGAAAAGACAUCGGAAAUCUCGCAGUAAGUGUCUCCGUUUGAAUAAUAAUUCUUUGGAAACGAUUGUCGGACUUAAACAGAUCGUGUUUUCUCUCUUCCUCCGACCGUUACAACUGUCUUGGUUGGAUUUAUCGUUUAACCUAUUGACUAAUGUACCAGAAGAACUAAACGAAUUUCACUGUUUGCAAAUACUUUACUUGCAUGGCAACUGUUUAGAGAAUUUGAGUGAAGUGGAAAAGUUUCGGCCGAUGACAAACCUCAAGAAGCUCACCCUUCACGGCAAUCCCAUCGAGAAAGUUAAACAUUAUAGAGUUACAGUUCUGACCACUGUACCGACUCUAAUCGAAUUCGAUUUCAGUUCAGUUGUGAAAUCAGAGAGAGAAAAUGCUGAAGUCUGGCUGAAAAAUACCACCUGCACCACGAAACGACGUCGGCCCAGAUAUCACCUACGAGUCUAAAUGACCAUCGGACUAUAUUGACAUUCCCUCUUGAUACACACACAUUAUAUACAUACAUACAUUAUACACACGAACAGAUAAAACACAGUCUGUCCCUCACAUACAUACAUGCUUUAUAUAUAUAUAUAUAUAUAUAUAU